UUUGCCAUGGAGAACCCAUUCUCCUCCAAAGAAGAAAACAGAGAAGUAUAAAGGGAGCCGUAGACGCAAAGAAACUUUAAAUCUCAAAACCCUAAUUUAAACUCUACUGUAGAUCGUAAUUUAAUUUUUUUUUUUUUUAAAAUCUGGGAAUUGCACAAUGUCUGCGAUAGUCUGUGGGAAGAGAUCUUUCUUCGACGACAUUCCAUCGUCGCCGACGUCAGCUUCACCUCCGAUUUCCAAGAAGAUACGCCGCUCUUCCUCCACUUCUCCGGUUCGGUUCUCGGUUGCGCCGACGCCGACGAGCCUAUUUGAUCAGCUCCGAGCCCAGUUUCCUGAUAUGGAUAGUCAGCUUAUUGAGAAAGCUUUAGAAGAAUGCGGGUAUAACUUGGAUGCUGCUAUUAAGAGCUUGAAUGAUAUGCAGCUUGGACGGGCACAGUCCAGUGCUGACGUUGAAACAAACACAAAUAUGCAGAAUGUGCCUAGUGAAGAUCCUACACUCCAAUGCAAUCUUCCAGUUGAUGGUUCAGGGUGGGUGGAAUUGCUUUUGAAGGAAAUGAUGGGGGCUGCAAGCAUAGAUGAUGCUAGAGCUCGUGCUUCAAGAGUGUUAGAGAGUUUAGAAAAAUCCAUUAGCUUGCGUGCAGGUGCAGAAUCAACUCAAAAUAUUCAGAAGGAAAAUAUGAUGCUGAAAGAGCAAGUUGAAGCACUUAUUCGAGAUAAUACCCUUCUGAAACGUGCUGUGGCCAUUCAGCACGAACGCCAAAAAGAACACGAUGAUAAAAGUCAGGAGGUUCAGCAUUUGAAGCAGCUGGUUUCUCAAUAUCAGCAACAACUGAGUAGUCUUGAGGUGAGCAAUUACGCACUGAAGAUGCAUUUGCUGCAGGCUCAGCAAGGCAACAACAUCCCUGGGCGCUUCCAUCCAGAUGUGUUUUAACACAGAUGGAACCUAGAAUGAGAACUAAGCAAUCAAUGCUGGCGCAUGCAUAGCUCUCUCUUAUAGAGUGUCUGAAAGAUAAAAUUAUAAUGUUUUUGUUUGAUUUGUGUCUUCACCACAGCUUAUAAGUGUGAUUAUCUGAUAUGCAAACACUACCCUUGUAUCCUCCAUAACUUUUCUUGUCAAGAAAGUUGGAAUUUUGAAGUCUUAAUAUUGUGAUUGC